AUGCUUGUUCUUGUAGCCGGUGCAACUGGCAACCUUGGCCAGAAGCUCAUCGACAGCCUUUAUUCACGUGGCCAUCAAGUCCGUGCCCGUCGGGACAAGCUGGAGUGCUUUGUCCAAAGCGAACCCUAUUAUGACGUCCCUGCCAUCGAGAGUGCUUGCAAAGGUGUUGAUGCUGUCAUCUGUGCCUAUGCGGGCAUGCCUGAAUCGUCACUCGACGGCCAGCUUCUCUUGUUCCGUGCUGUCGAGCGAGUAGGGAUAAAGAAGUAUGUCGCCGCUUCGUGGAACUUUGACGGGAAGAAUAUGAAUCUCGGGGUGCAUGAGAGGUAUGAUGCAUAUAUUGCGUUUCGAAACCAGGUUGAACUCAGCUCUGAUAUUACGCCCAAUUACUUCUUUACCAGAGUUCCAGCCGAAGUAUUGUUCUCACUCCCUGGCCACGGAGACUUUAGUCCUGCUAAUAAUGUGGCUAUCAUUGAGCGCGAUGAUGCUUCUGAAAGGGCUUUUGGUUGUUAUCCUCUGACUUUGAUCGUUAAGACAUAUGGGCAAGUAAGAAACUGUCAUGUCGAUAUCCGCAAGAGCGGUGAUGAAGAGGAGCUGCGAAAGAUUGCACUGGAGGCGAGGAGGCAAGGAACGCGUCGGUUGUUUUGGCCUUAUAUAGACUGGUUCUAUCAAGUGUUCACUACCGACAGAUUAUGGGUACUUGAGGAGUUGGAUAACGAUAAACUCUAUGUCAAGACGUCUAGUCUAGAGGAAUUUCUGCGCCAGUAUCCACAGCUCUGA